CCCCCAACCACACACACACACACACACACACACACAGAUUGAUUAGCUGGGUCUGUUUGUGUUUGGGGGGGGAGAUGUUUGCAGUGUUUGGCAAAGAUGAGCACUGUGGUGGCUCCGCUCAUGAGGGUGAGCGAGGGCGAGUCUGACAGACCAGGGGGGCGGGGAAGAAAAAGGUUGAAAAAAAAAGAGAACACAACAACUCUUUUUUUUUAAUGAAUGAAUGAAGCAGACGAAGGACUUGUUUUUCGGGUUUCUGGCGGUGAUGGUACUGUGGGGUUCUUUGCGCUCUCUCUUUCACUCUUUUUUCUCUUCUAUUCUCUCUAUCUUUCUCCGUCCCAUGCACACUUUUUUUCCACUCCUUUCUCUGUUUUCUCUCCCUCAAUCGCACGCCCCUAGUGCACACCUAUAUUGCAUAUUCACCUUCCAGGAGGGCCAGAGAUGUAACUAACAUGGCACAGCUGUAGCGCUGCCCUCUCUGGCGCCCGCGUGCCAACAUGGGGCUCGGUUGCCGCAAGCUGCAGGAGCACCGAUCUGUUCACGCUAAGGGCUGUACAGGAGAGAAAGACAGAUCGGCUCUCAGCCAUGAGGCUUUCCUGCUCAUGGCAAACUCCCAGAAUGACAUGGAGGAUUGGGUCAAAGCCAUUAGACGCGUCAUCUGGGCUCCCUUUGGAGGAGGUAUCUUUGGCCAGCGCCUGGAGGAUACAAUACAGUAUGAGAGAAAGUUUGGACCCCGACUGGCCCCUCUGCUGGUGGAACAGUGUGUGGAUUUCAUACGGGAGCAGGGUCUUAAAGAGGAAGGUCUCUUUAGGAUGCCAGGACAGGCCAACCUGGUCAAAGAACUGCAAGAUGCUUUUGACUGUGGGGAUAAACCUCUGUUUGACAGUAACACAGACGUUCACACAGUGGCGUCCCUCCUGAAGCUUUACCUCAGGGAGUUGCCAGAGCCUGUAAUUCCCUUUAACAAAUAUGAGGACUUCCUAACAUGUGCACAGCUUCUACUAAAAGAUGAAGAAAUGGGUCUCGGUGAGCUUGUGAUGCAGGUGAACACACUUCCUCAGGCUAAUUAUAAUUUGUUAAAGUACAUUUGCAAAUUCUUAGAUGAGGUCCAAUCACACUCGACUGAAAACAAGAUGAGUGUUCAGAACCUUGCAACAGUUUUUGGACCAAAUAUCCUUCGGCCUAAAGUAGAAGACCCUGUUUUAAUGAUGGAAGGAACUUCGCAGGUUCAGCACCUGAUGACGUUGUUGAUCAGUGAACACGAGCGUCUGUAUGUGGGGACUGAGGGAGAUGUGUCUUCUGAGCAGACAGGAAGUUGUCUGCAGGGUCAGCGAGGCAUGGCGGAGUGGAUCUCCGAUGAGGAGAUGCUGAACUGCUCAUCGCUGAGCCAGACGUCCAAAGUGGCAGAGAGUGUGUGUGGCAGUGCCACGUCUUUAGAUAUCAAUACAAGUGCCCCUACCACUGCCAAAAUGACACCUCAGGGAAAAGCUGGGGUGACGGUCAGCCCCAGCAAACAGGCCAAAUCCCUCCCCUCCUGGAAAUACUCCUUCAAGAGCGCAGGGGUACGCGCUCAGCCUGCAAAAAUCGGGGGCUCGUCUGUAGACGUGUCUACCUUGCCCAGCACGGGCAACUGGUUGAUGAACGGGCUUUCCUCUCUGCGCAGCCACCGGCGUACUUCAUCAGGAGAGCGCAUGGGUAAGGAUUCAGCUCUGUCACACCGUCUGUCCACUUACGACAACGUAACCUCAUCCAGUCUCAGCGUACCCAGCGUCGCAAGCACGCCCUGGUCCACAUCCUCCUGUGAGAUCCUAGUGGCCGACUCUGUGGGUAGUGACCCCUCUGGACUGAACUCUGUCAAGGCGGAUUGGUCAGCUGGAGGGUCUGUCCAAAAACAAAGUGAAGACAGGAAUUCGGAGGUCACUGAGAGCAGCGAAGCACUGGAAAUGUGUGUGAGCAGUGCAGGCUGCAGUGAGAAUGGUAAUGGAGAAGAUGCAGGAGAUACUGAUAUUAGCACAACAGCACUUAACGGCCUGGUAGCAGAGCUGAAAGAUGAGUUAAAGAAACAGAAGGCCAACUACGAAUCUCGAAUACGAAGGCUAGAGGAAUCGAGUGUCACUAUGCGUAACCAAAUGGAGAGACUAGAGGAGGAGCUGGACCAGGAGAAGAAAAAGUACCGCAUGCUGGAAAUUAAACUCCGCAACUCUGAGCGGGCCCGUGAGGACGCAGAGACCCGCAACCGCUUGCUUCAGAACGAGAUGGAGGAGUUCUUCUCCACUUUGGGAGAUCUUACAUUGGGAGCAAGGACAAGCAAAAUUUGACCGGACCUCUAACAGGCCUGAUUUAACACUGAGAGACUGUGUUUGUUGUAGAUAGAAUUGAAAUCUCUCUGCUCAUGCAUCAUGAGUAUUCAGAGGUAAUUUUGUGCUGUUUUGUUACAGCGACUUGAUCAUGUGUAGCAGUUACACUUUUCUCUCUGAUCUCCAGUCUUACAUUUUAAAGGGAUAGUUCACACAAAAAUACAAAUUCAGUGAUUAUUGUUCCAAACCAUUAUUGAUUAUUGUUUUUCUGCAGACAACAAAAGGAGAAUUUCAAAAAAGUAGUGCACAUUUUGUGUGUGGAACGUACAAAUAUGUAAAUCUUGUUCUUAGUGUCAAACUUGCCACUUUCUCUGUAAAUAACAACAUUUUAAUUUUCAAGUGAACUAUUCCUUUAAGGUGCCGUUCAAUUAUUAGCAUUUAUCACUCGCAUAACCUAACCUGCACAGAUAAUACCAAAGCAUGACAUUUCCAGUAUUGGCCUCUCACAUAAAGAGAGUCAUUUUAAUGGCAUUUCCUGUUAAUGCAUGGUAUGAAAGAUGUCCUGCUGAACUGUCUCUUGAGGUUUUGGGGAAAUGAUCACACAGUCCUUUUUCAUCCAAUGUCUGUAUCAUUCCUAACCAGUCACCAUAUACGUACAAGCUGCAUCCCAUCACACUGUGCCUCGCACUUUUAGACUAAAUGAGAUCAACUCUUACACCAUCAGACCUCAUAGACACAAACUCUUUUCAGCAAAUCCCUUUAUUGCAAGUAAAAUGCACUAGAAGAAAAUACUUUAUUUUAGAUUAGAUGAGGUAACACCAUCCAAACUGUACAACUAUUCAAUCGUACAACUGUUAAAAUCUCAACUCUAUCACUUCAGAUUGCCAAGGCUAGUAUUUAUUUAUGCUUAAUGUACCUAGAACUAUUUCUCAGGUGGUGUUUUUCAAAACACUCAAUGAAUGAGUGUCUUUAUAUCAAAUAGAUGAUGGAACUAAGGCUGACAUAUACUUGAAUGUGUUAAAGUAGCUUUGUUUUUUAAAGUAUGCACAUACUGUAUGUUCGUGUGGUUAUUUUUUUUCUGUUAAUUGAUUCCUGAAUGCGGAAAGUGCCAAAGUAGAGGUCUUCAAAAAAUGGGUGUUUCAUUUCAAAUGAACACUGAAUAGUCUUCAUAAUAAAUUGCUGUUGUCAUUAAAA